GCCGCCGACGUCCCGCCGACGAGUGCCCUGGCCGCCCUCGGCCAGGCCCCGGGGAGCAACAAAACGCGGCAUGACGGUGGUGGACAAUGGGCCCCAUCAGGUGUACGUAGAGACGGAGGCGAAGAACGCCUACGAGCCGGUACGGGUGUGGCUGGUCGAGACGUCGGCGAAGGUGCGCGGCUCCAUCGAGGCGCGCGCCGGGCCAGUGGUCCAGAAGUUGCAGGCACUGGGCCAGCCCGUGGUCGUGUACGUGACGCCGGUCUACGCCAAGGUCACGGAUGGCGUCCUCAGUGUCCGCACCGCGGUGGGGGACAGGAUGGUUGCGGUAAGGUCUCGGGCUUUGCAGCUGAAGGGCGCUUGCGCCGGCCGGGCCCUCGCCGCAUACGGCGCGGCUUGCGAGGCUGCCGAUGUCAGGUACAAGGCGGCAUGUGGGCUCGUGGGUGCCAAGAUGGCGCCCGUCAGUGCGAGGUGCUUGGAGUUCUACAGGGCAGGCGAGGCGAAGGCACUGCCAUACUACGUGAAGGCGAAGGACACGACGGUUCUGUACUGCCAGAAGGCGAAGGGUGGGGCGCAAUACGUCCAGACCAGGGUCGGCGACAUCGUCCUCAAGAUCAAGGUGGGAGCAGGAGACACGGCCGCGCUGGUCAAGCAUGCCAUGAUGUCCAGGUGCGCGGCGGUCUCGGACUUCGUACGCGGCUAUGUAGGACCUGUGGCCGCCAAGCUGGCGGCCAUGUACGAAGCUGUAAUCGCACACGUCUCCAAUAACUUAUCAGCAAUCGUCGCCAAGGCCCUCGGGGGCAAGACCCUGGUUUACACCAAAGCGUGCGACGUCGCCGUGGUGGUGAAGGUCAAGUCGCUCGCAAUCAAGGAGAAAGCUUUGAACCUCAAGGGCAAAGCUAUGGAGUAUCCAAGCGCUCUUCUGGUGCAGGUCAAGGACGGCUACGUGUACGUGAAGACAGUCGUCGACGGGAAGAUCGUCGUCAUCAAAGCGAAGUUCUCCGAUGUUCUGGCGAGCUUCAAUUCGACACUCCUCCAGGUUAAGGAGCAGGCCACGCUCAAGGCGGCAAACGCAUUCGACACGGCCCACGUGAAGCACGGUGGCGGAUUUGGCGCUGCGGGCCGGGACCAGGCGCAUCGCCGCCGACCCCAACGCGCGCGUCGCCGCCGCGUCUGCUGUGGGAGGUGCCACGGUCAUGGGUGCUGGCGGUGGUGUCGCUGGACUGGUCGCUGGAGGCACCCUUGGCGCCGCGUGCGGCGUGCCGCUCUCGCUCUUCACGUUCGGCCUCAGCAUCCCGGUGGGAGCUGUUGUCGGCAGCGCUGCUGGCAUGUGCACCGGCGCGGUGGCAGGGGGCACGGCGGGUCUUGUUGGAGGAGGCGCAGCUGGGCACAAGAUCCACCAGAAGAAGGACAGCAUCGCCGAGGGCUUCAGCGCUGCGGCAAGCAGGGUCAGCGACAUCAAGGGCAUGGCGGUGGAUACGGCGAGCAUGUACAAGACCAAGGUGGCCGAUUCCACUGCGGCGUCGGCGUCCUAUGUCCGCAGCAGGUUCGCGGGCGGCACCGGCGGCACCGGCGAGGACAAGUGAACCGAGCCGGCGUGGUCGCUCCAGGCGCACGUUCCCGCCGUGCCUUGGGAGGCUUGGGCCUCCCACGUCAGGCAUCGGGCGGGCGCGGCAUGGGCGGGGCGUCUACCCUUUACGCUUUCGGUUUGAAGUCCCUCUUCCUCCCCUUCCCCCAGCACGCGUUUUCUCAUCUGCCUGCUCCACCGAUGCAGGGCCCGUCCAUCACGUGGCUUCCUUCCUACUCUCUGAAUUUUAGGAGAAGGUAG